AUGGAUACAGGUGUGAUUUGUAUGGAUAUGAAUUCUUCAGAAAGUUUUAUGAAUGAAGUGAUGGCCUCGGGGAGUAAUUUGUCAAACCAAGCCACAGGAUCAACGACUCAAAAUGGUGGACGAGUGCGACUCAUCAGUGUCAAGCGAUCACUAGAGGACUGUACAGGAGAAACAGAAAGCGAAGACAUUAACAACUCUAGUCACGAAGAUAUUUUAUGGAUUCAUGUAACGGGUAUCAACUCGAACUUGAGCCUAUGUCUUGCUGUUUGCUAUCUCCCACCAGAAGGUUCCACCCGCCCUUGUGAACCGCAAACAUUCUUUGAGACUUUACUUGAACAAAUUUACAGCUACCAAAACAUGGGUGAUAUUCAAAUCUGUGGAGAUUUUAACGCACGGUGUGGUGAUGCUUCGGAUACCAUAGACGGUGUUCAUGACCCGUGA